UCCUUUUUGCUUAAUUUAUCUGAACGCGACAAGGCGCACUGGUAGGCGUUCAAGCUAUUUUGAAAGUCCACAAUUAACCUAAGUUAUAUCCUUUGCUCUGAAAUUUCGACACAUUACUUAUAUGACUUCUUUGAUAAGGGUUGGAAUUCUUACUGUAAGCGACACAUCGUCAAAUAAGCCGAAAGCUGAUCGAAGUGGCCCUCUUUUACGCGAUACCCUUACUGCGGUGGGCUGGAAUGUCGUUGACACGGCAAUAACUUCAGACGAUCCGAAAGAAAUAUCCAAAGCUCUUCUGAAGUGGACAGAUAUAGAAGAGUUAGAUGUAAUUGUUACUACGGGUGGAACUGGUUUUGGUGUUCGGGACAAUACACCUGAGGUGGUGAAAUCGUUGUUAGAUAAAGAUGCGCCUGGAAUCACUCAUCUUCUGAUGUCAACGUCGCUGAAAUACACCCCUUUUGCAGCACUGAGCCGCCCUGUGUGUGGAGUUAGAGGAAAAUCAAUCAUUUUGACGUUGCCCGGCAGUCCAAAGGCAUGCAAAGAGAACAUUGAAUGUGUGCUUGAUAUUCUUCCUCAUGCUGUGGAAUUGACGAGAGGAGGAUCCGGUUCCGGCCUUCACAAUAAGAUGCUGCAAUCUCCGGAAGACGAUAGCAAGUCGCACCACCACCAUCACCACCAUCAUCAUCCUAAACCACACACAUGUACUCAUAAGAGCGACGAAGUGGCGAGAGAUAACACUACUGGAAACCUUUCCAAUCCACUAAAUGCUCCAGUGACACGAAGACAUCGUCAAUCCCCAUACCCAAUGAUAACGGUGGAAGAAGGAAACGCGUUGAUCCAAAAAUAUACGCAGCCACUAGAAACGGAGAUAAAGGAAGUGGACGAUAAAUUGAUAGGAUAUGUGAUCGCGGAAAAAGUGACUGCUCGUGAACCUGUGCCUGGCUAUAGAGCAUCUAUUGUCGACGGAUAUGCGGUCAAAGCGCAAGACGGACCUGGCUCCUAUCCUGUGGUGACAUCCUCUGUUGCUGGUAGCAGCGAUGUAUUCACACUCCAAAGUGGACAGAUAUCAAGAAUUACAACUGGAGGAAUGAUACCUGACGGUGCCGAUGCUAUUGUCAUGGUAGAGGAUACGGAGUUACAGGAAACAUCAGAUGACGGAAAACAAGAAAAGGUGGUGAAAAUUUUGGCCCAAGUACAAGUAGGCGAAAAUGUUCGAGAAAUCGGGUGCGAUACACCUAUUGGGCAUACAAUAGCCCAAGAAGGCGACAUUAUCACUUCAGUGGGAGGCGAAAUUGGUGUUCUAUCUUCUGUAGGAAUACGCUCCAUUUCGGUGUAUCGCAAGCCAAGAGUCGGUGUUUUGUCAACAGGUAACGAGGUCGUCGACCACACAAACACUGUGAAUCUAAGACCGGGCCAAAUACGUGACAGCAAUCGACCAACUUUACUGGCGGCGAUUAGCGCCGCAGGGUUCGAAGCCAUUGACCUCGGCAUAGUGGGCGAUCACAUUGAUGAUCUAGAACAGAAAUUAAAGUUGAGCUUAGAUGAAGUUGAUGUACUGAUCACCACAGGCGGCGUUUCCAUGGGCGAAAUGGAUCUUCUUAAGCCGAUUUUGGAGCAAAAAAUGGGAGCCACUAUACACUUCGGUCGCGUGCGCAUGAAGCCUGGGAAGCCUACUACAUUUGCCACGGUUAAUUCCAAAUUGGUUUUCGCGCUGCCCGGUAACCCUGUGUCUGCCAAUGUAACUUUUUACCUAUUUGUCAUGCCUGCUCUACGUAAGAUGGCGGGUAUGCCGAAUUUUCAGCUUCCAGUGAUGCAAGUCAAGUUGUCACAUUCUAUCAAAUUGGACUCAAGACCAGAAUACCACCGUGCCAUUGGAAAAGUGCAACCAAACCAGAGUCACAUCACUGUGACUUCAACCGGCGUUCAACAAAGCUCAAGGAUUUUAAGUAUGGUUGGGGCCAACUGUCUCUUGAAACUACCAGCAAGCACUACCGAACAGAGGCAAUUGGAGGCGGGAACAUUUUUAAAUGCUAUUAUAAUUGGACCUCCCGUAUUCAACGUGUAACGCGGUACCCUCGGAUUGUGUGUCAGCAAACCAUUCAUCUCUAUUAUCAGAAAAAAAAAAUAAGAAUAAACAAGGUU